GCAGCUGGGGUGAACCCCCACCCCGCGCGUCUUCCCAGGGUGCCCCCGGGAGGGUCGCGGGGUGCAGCCCCCCGCCCGGUUCCCCCAGGGGUGCUGAUCUGGGGGUCCCCGGCAGCGCCCAGCGCGUCAAUGGCCGGAACUGGGUGGAAGCAGCGGGAAGUGGGGGGGUCCCGCAGGACAUCCGCCCCACGGCCGGGGGGCUGGGGGCGGCCCGGGAACCCCCCGGGGCAUCCAAUCGCCCGGUGAAAAGGUGUGGGGGGGGUACAGUGUCCUGUGGCCAGGGUGGGGGUCCCUGCCACCACCGCGGCCCCCCAGGUGCUGUGUGUCCCCCACGAGGGUUGUGUCCUCCCUCUGGGUGCAAUCGCUGUGUCCCCAGGGUGCCAUGUCCACCCCAGUGCCGUAUGUUCACCCAGCACCACGUGUGUCCCCCCAGUUCCAUGUCCCCGUGGGUGCCACGUCCUCUUCAGCACUGUGUCCCCCUCAGGUGCCAUGUGUCACCUCUCUGGCUGCCAUGCGGGCCCCCCAGUGCCAUGUGUCCCCCCCAGUUCCACGUCCCCCCAGGGCUGUGUCCCACCGGGGCGUCAUGUGUGCUCCCAAGUCCCCCCAGGGGCCAUGUCCCCCUAUGAGUGCCGUGUCCCCUCUCUGGGUGCCACCUCUCCCUCCCCAUGGCCACAAGCCAGGGGUCCGCGGGGCAGAUUGGGUUCCGCUCCCCCCGGUGGGGUUCCCGGUGUGUCCCACGCCGCGUGGCGGUGGCGGUGACGGUGGAGGUGGCGGUGCCCAUUGUGUGCGGGGCGGGGGCGUCGCGGCCUCGUCACCACUUCCCCGGGCAGUAGGAAGCGGGAAGCGGCCGCUCCCGGCUCAGUGGGGCCGCGAUGGGGAACCUGCCGGGGGUCCUGCCCGGAGCCCCCCGCGCCUGCCCCGGCCUCGGCCUCUGCUCGCGCCCGCGCGGCCCCGCGCCCGAGGACCCCCCUGUCACCGCUGCCCCCGCCGCUGUCACCGAGCCCCCCAGCCCGGUGCCCUCUUCCCCUGCGGAGCCGCCCCGCUUCGCCCGCCUGAAGAACUGGGAGACCGGGAGCAUCAGCUACGACACGCUCUGCGCCACGGCGGGACAGGAGCUGCCCUGCUCGGGGCUGCGCUGCCUGGGGUCGCUGGUGCUGCCGCGGCCGCUGACCGCCCCCACCCCCGAGGGGACGCGACCGCCCGAGGAGCUGCUGGAGCUGGCCCGGGACUUCAUCACCCAGUACUACGUGUCCCUGCGGCGGGAGAACUCCCCGGCGCACACGCAGCGGCUGCGGGAGGUGGCCGCGGACAUCGCGGCCUCGGGCUCGUACCGGCUGCGGGAGCCCGAGCUGACGUUCGGCGCCAAGCAGGCCUGGCGGAACGCGGCGCGCUGCGUCGGCCGCAUCCAGUGGAACAAGCUGCAGGUGUUCGAUGCCCGGGACUGCGCGGGGCUGGGGGAGAUGUUCAGCCUCCUCUGCUCCCACAUCCAGUUCGCCACCAACCGCGGCAACAUCCGGUCCGCCAUCACCAUCUUCCCCCCGCGGGCUCCGGGCCGCGGCGAUUUCCGCAUCUGGAACCCGCAGCUGAUCCGCUACGCCGGCUAUCGGCAGCCCGACGGCUCCGUGCGGGGCGACCCUGCCAAUGUGGACAUCACCCGUCACCUGUGUCACGGGGAUCCCCGCGACUCCGCACGGGGGGACACGGACACCUGCCCGUGGGGACACGGCAGGGUGAGCCCCCGUGGUGACACACGGCUGCGCCGUACGAACACGGACGGGGCUCGUCAGUGA